CUCAGUUUUUAAAUUUCUUUAAAGUUAAUUACACGUUUCUUUUAUUGUCUUAUUCGGGUAUUAAUUACUUUAGAAUAUCUUGAACGUUACGUUGCCCGAAUUAUUUCCAGUAAUUUUUCUUCUUUUAUCGCUAAAUUGCUAUUUAUUCUCAUUUUCCCGUCGAAGCACGUGGGGUAGAACUAGAAGUGGCAAUGCCAUGGCGUGGCGGCCAUAUUUCACUGUUUAAGUGCACCGUAUUAUAAUAACAUAUAUUUUAUAAAUCUUAUCAACAAAUUUAUUCGAAUGAAAGUAAAUGCUAGUAACUAAAGGAAUUUUUAUAGAAUUCAUUAAAAUCCACAGACCACGUGGUGUCUUAGCAGUGCAAGCCACAUAAUACACAUUUUUAUAAUAUUCAUAGAUUUAGUUCAAAACCGUUCUUAAAAUUUCAACAUUAAUUAUUGAUAAAAGAAUUGAUAAAAUAAUUUACUUAUAAAUGAAUGAAUUUGAAUAAUAUGAAUGAAAUUAAGAAUUAUUGCAAUAAAUAAGAUGUUGCUACAUUUAUUAAAUUUGCUGAACAUUCCACUUUUAAUUUCUGUUUUAAUUUAUUUUACAUAUACGGCCGAUAUGCCUCGUCCGAAAAGGAAACUUCCACUUGCUGGACAAGUUGAUCAACGUCGUCAAAGGAGGAGGGCAGCUGCAGCUUCCCCCCCUUUUUCUGGGCCUAAUGUUCCUGCUCCACUUACUAAUUAUACACCUCAUCCGCUGGCAAGUAGUGUACCUGCUCCAUUAUACUCUAGUGGGAAUCAACAUUUUCAGUGUGCGGUACCUCCUCCACCAGUUCAUGGCUCUGUUGCAUCAUAUGCAACUGCAAGUAGAAACCAAGACUUUCAGUUUCCUCCACCUGGCUUUCCUGCUCCACAAAUUAAUUAUACAUCUGGUCCGCUGGCAAGUAGUGUACCUGCUCCAUUAUACUCUAAUGGGAAUCAGCAAUUUCAGUGUGCGGUACCUCCUCCCACAGCUCAUGGCUCUGUUGUUUCAUAUGCAACAGCAAGUAGAAACCAAGACUUCCAGUUUCCUCCACCUGGUCCUAGUGUUCUUCAACCACACCCUGAUGUUUUGGAUCAGCCUCCAGUUAUGGCAACACCUGCUGAUCAUAGUUUAGAUUUGUCCACAAUUUAGGGUUCGUCAUGGCUGUCGUAACCAUUUCCAAAGUGGCUGCUCAUUAUGCGGGAACAUGGAUGCCUCGUAUAAUAAAGUGUUUCACAAUGGGCUUAGAAUCGAUGGAAUGGAUAAAAUAGUAGUUCACAACAUGAAAGUGUUCAAACUUGUGUAAUGAAACAUUAUUAUGUCUUUCAAAGGAUUCAGUUUUCCUUUACAUACGUACAUUUUAUUUAGAUACCAUUAAUUGAAAAUUAUGGCAUGGAACAUUACUUCUUGUGUACUGUGAACAUUAUUUAUGUCAUUGAUUCAUUGGAAAUUAAACCCUUGCAUUUAAUUUUAUGCAUAUUUAAAAUUAUUUAAACUUUUUAAUGCCUUACAUGUACAGUAGACAUACUAUAUUGUUAAAGAUUAAUGUAUAAUCAAUUCUUUAAUUAUAAUUGUAACUUAAUACAGUAAGCAAGUCUAUCCAUUUGUAAAUAUGUAAAACUUAAGUGUAGAGAUUAUUAAUUUGACAAAUGUUUGUGAUAAGCAAAGCUAGUGUUGUCAGUUGUAAUUGUAUUAAUCAGUUUGUUUCUUAAUACUGUUUCUAAUUCUAUAUGCAGUAAGCCCAUUACUUUCAAUUUCUUGAGCAGGCACUUGCGCAGAUUUUUAAUGCAUUUGCAAUGUACAAGGGUGUUUAGCAAACAAAAUUGUUUUUAUAAUUUUAAACAUGAUUGGAUGUAGCUGUUUCAACAAGAUAUAUUUUCCAAAUGUCCGAAGUGAAAUAUAAAUUUCCGAUUGUCCGGAAUGAUACAUAAAUUUCCGAUUGUCCGGAAU